CACUUGCUAUGCUCCAGGCUUUGUUUGGAAACUCGUUUCUCAUCUUCCUAGCACCCCACUGUUUUUCAAUUCACAAAUGUUUAAUCAGAAUACGGUCUUCUGCAGUGAUUUUUGUCAUUCUGGGCAAAAAAAUGUAAACAAGCAGACGACGUAAACAAUUGGCAGAUUAAAAAUUAAAAAUGGCGACCGGAAAUAGUCGAAAUAUGUAAGUAAGUAAACUAAUAAACUAUUUAAGCACUAAUGGGUAUAGUUAAACUAAAUUUGAUGUGAUUAAAUCACAUUUUACGAGAUGUUCUCACUUUUAUUGGCCCACCCUGUAUAUAAAUAACAGUGAUAAUUUGUUUCUAAAAUCUUUCGUAAACUUAAGUUGUACUGUGAGUACUGAACAGUUUUUUGAGAGAAUGGCCAAUCGGAAUGCCAUGAUGUUUUUACUAAUAUCUUAAUUAGAUUGGCCAGACACUACGCCCGGAUGUUCUAUCGAUAGCUUUCAGCCUUUAAUUGACAAACCCUAUUGAUCAAAUAUUCAAUUAAAUGUUAUUUUAAGCUUAUUAAUAAUUAUAGGACAGUAAUCACGCACCCAGCAAGGUGCUCAGCAAACGUAAUUAAAAGAACAAGGUAUAUUUACAAGUCAAGAAAAGUUAUAAAAGGCGUAUCCACUUUCUAUUAUAGUAAACGUAUACACCCCACGAUUAUUUGCAGACUUCUUCGCCCCUGGUUCAGUAUCUGAACUGACCAGACAGUGAGAUAAGAAACACACCAAUAAAAACAGAAGUUCAGAGCCGCCCCGCUAUCUCUGUGGUCUGGAUUUCACAAUGGCGGCCAGGCUUUUCUUGUUGCUUAGUCUAGGCGUCUUACUGGAUCUUCAUUCAACCCACGGGGCCGUCUCUUGGGGAAUAGGUAACGUCAUUAAUAUAUAAUCUGCAUUCAACUCACUGUUGCGUAUCAUUUGAAAUAGGUAACGCUAUCUAUUAUCUUCAUUUAACUCACGGAGCCAUUGCAGGGGGAAUAGGGAACGACAUCUUCUAUCAAGGCCUGUGCAGCGUUUGGCUUUUAAAGUGUUAUGUAAACGUAGUAAGCUAGUAGUCAAAAACAGGAAGGUGGUGUCAUAUAAGAUGGUAUAACAUAAGGUGGUGUAUUAUAAGAUGGUAUAACAUAAGGUGGUGUAAUAUAUGAUGGUGUAACAUAAGGUGGUGUAAUAUAAGAUGGUGUAACAUAAGGUGGUGUAAUAUAAGAUGGUAUAACAUAAGGUUAUGUAAUAUAAGAUGGUGUAACAUGAGGUGGUGUAAUAUAAGAUUGUGUAACAUAAGGUGGUGUAAUAUAAGAUGGUAUAACAUAAGGUAGUGUUAUAUGAGAUGGUAUAAUAUAAGUUGGUGUCAAACAUUUAUUUAGUAAGUAACUAACGAGAAUAUCCUCCAAUAUGCCCCCGCCUCCUCCCCCCCCCCCCGCGCUUUCCCGAUUGGACAUUUUUACCAGGAAUUACAAAAACACUGUGACAAAAAUGUCUUUCUGACCCGAUAUUGUCUAACGUUUAACAAAAUAAACUAUGAUGUCGUUAAGGUGAAUGUCCCAACGGAGCAAAGCCUGGUGACUCCUGGUACAUAGAGGGCCAGUGUGGGAAGUGUGACUGCCGUGAGGGAUCCUACUCAUGUUACAGGUAACCAGGUAUAUGAGACACACACAGUGUGUGUGAAUAAAACAUGAAGGUAUGCCCUUUUAUGCUCCUGAGGUAUGUACAUGGCAAACCAGAAUUAUGCACAUGGCCAUCCAGCGUUAUGUACAUGACCAUCUAGAGUUAUGUACAUGUCCAUCCACAGUUAUGUACAUGGUCAUCCAGAGUUAUGUACAUGACCAUCCAGAGUUAUGUACAUGGUCAUCAAGAUUUAUUUACAUGUCCAUCCACAGUUAUGUACAUGGUCAUCCAGAGUUAUGCAUAAGUCCAUUCAGAAUUAUGUACAUGGUCAACCAGAAAUAUGUACAUAGUUAUCUAAAGUUACAUAUGUCCAUCCAAAGGUAUGUACAUGGCAAUCCAGAGUUAUGUACAUGGUCAUCUAGAGUUAUUUACAUGGCCAUACAGAGCUAUGUACGUGGUCAUCCAGAGUUAUGUACAUGGCCAUACAGAGCUAUGUACGUGGUCAUCCAGAGUUUUGUACAUUGCCAUCCAGAGUUAUGUAUAAGUUCAUCCAGAGUAUGUACAUCGCCAUCCAGAAUUAUGUACAUGGCCAUCCAGUUAUGUACAUGGUCAACCAGAAAUAUGUACAUGGUCAGCCAGAAAUAUGUACAUGGUUAUCUAGAGUUAUGUAUAUGGCCACAAAAUUAUUCUUCAUUGAUAAGUGACGCUUAAUUUAUCAGGAAUUCUUAAAUGACCUUUAACACUAGGCUUGAUAUGGUCCCACGUCAUCAGUUUAUGUCAUCUUGGUUUCAAUAUCUUAGAUUUAAUUUUUCCUCGUCAUUGUUUGAACACCUCAUACUUUAUUCCCAGCUGUGGUGCGUACGCCAUAGACUUUGACGUCAACAUGUGCUACCAUUACCGUGACAGCACCAAGCAGUACCCGGAAUGCUGUAACCCUAUCGUCAGGUGCCGCGGUGACGUGGGUUUCAACGAAACACUGUUUCAACAGUUUGGUGGUGUCACAAAUUAGUGUGUCCCCGGCAAACCAACAAUGGACUCGCCCAGAUUAGCCAUAGCAGACAAAAAAUUGGACUCGUCCAGUUAAUAAACUGUUACUUAUUCCCAGCAAUGAAACAAUCAACUCGUCCAGUUUCUGUUAUUUUCCCCAUUAAUGAAAUGUCCGUGAAUUAGUCAGAAUGACAAUGAAUAUCAAUGUGUGUUUGUGUGAUUACGUAUGUGUUGGAGUUACUUAUGGACUCCAUAGUCGGCUCGGAGUAGGUAUUUCAUGGCCUUUAAGACAACUGCCCAUGAUUUGUGAGGAUAUGAUAUUGUUCACAGUGACCUAGCCAAGCCACUCAGAGGUGAGCCAGUGUGUUUGACCAGUUAUGCUUUCAUGACCUAGCCAUGCCAAGCAGAGGUGAGCCAGUGUGUUAGACCAGUUAUGCUUUCAUUGACCUUGCAAUGUCACUCAGAGGUGAGCCAGUGUGUUAGACCAGUAAUGCUUACAUUGACCUAGCCAUGCCACUCAGAGGUGAGCCAAGAUGUUUGACCAGUAUUGCUUACAUAAGGCUCAUAUCAAUCGUAAGCUUAAAUAGGCACGUUUUCCAUGGGCUCCAACUUAGAGGGAAGGUUAAGGCUUAUUAAGAGCUACUUAGUCCACGAGUACCUGGAAUACUUCACCUGUCCACACGCAACAUCUGAAGGAACGAGUCGAAACCAGCACAUGUAGAGAAAUAAUAGUUACUAAAUAAUUUAGCUCAAAACUUUGUCCCUGGCAUUGACAAGUUAAAUAUGCGCAUCUGACCACUGGUAUAACAGCUAUGUGGCCACUGGUAUACCAGCUAUGUGGCCACUGGUAUAACGGUUAUGUGGCCGAUGGUAUAACGGCUAUGUGGCCACUGGUGUAACGGCUAUGUGGCCACUGGUGUAACAGCUAUGUGGCCACUGGUAUAACAGCUAUGUGGCCACUCGUAUAACAGAUAUGUGACCACUGGUAAAGCAGCAAUGUGACCACUGGUUUAACAGCUAAUUUAGUUGCACUGUUUUUGAUCUGGUUUAUGGGAGAUCAGAAAUGUGUAUGUAAUAAAGAAUAUAGCACUACAUAUCUGACAAAACUAUUCAACUAUUAAACAAUUCUAUUGUACA